AUGGCGGCGAAGAGCAACACGGACCCCGUAAAAGCAGGGAUUAGGGUUGCAAUUGGUGACAGGAAGGAGAAUGCGCUGUUUAGGACUACGGGACUGCUACACAACGACCACAUGGCUUCUAUGGUUCGAGAAACUAGGCCGAGAGGAGCUUUCUAUCCUCGUCAAACCAAAGCAGCUAAGAAAGAGUUUUGCGUUAUUUGUUUCGAAGACAUUGAUUCUGAACUUAUUAUGUUUCCAGCUGAUGAAUGUGGUCACUCGUUUUGCUCUACUUGUGUUAAAAAAUAUAUAGAGGUGAAGCUGCUUGCUGGAAGGAUACCGAAUUGUCUUGGCCUUCGGUGCACGUCUAUGCUGUCUAUUGAUAGAUGCCGCAAUCUUUUGACUCCAAAGCUGAAUUGUAUGUGGAGACAGAGGAUUAUAGAGCAUUCCGCAGACAGAGUUUAUUGUCCUUACCAAACGAAGUGCUUCAAAUGCGGUGGCUCCUUCUGCCUCCACUGCAUGGUUCCAUGGCAUAGUUCGCUAUCGUGCACCGAUUACAAGAAGUUGCAUCCUAAUCCUCUAAAUGAGGAGGAUACAAAGCUAAUGUCUUUGGCAAAUCUUGAAGGGUGGCGUCAAUGCGGCAGGUAUUGCUGCAUAACAUACAAUUUCAUGCUUUCUCGUUUAGGUGCGGAUAUGCUUUUUGCUACACGUGUGGAGCCGAUUGGUACAGAAUGA